GCGGGAUCGGGAUCGGGACCAGGAGCGGGGCCGGGAGCGGGGCCGGGAGCGGGGCCGGGAGAGGGGGCGGCCGGAGGCGCCGCGGAGCGGGACCGAGCGGGCGGGAGCCGACCCGCAGCGGGGCCGCCCGGUGCGGGGGGAGGGAGGCUCCUCUGCUCCCAAACGUCCCCAGGACUUUAGUGGACCCCAAAGAGGUCCCCGAGCUGCCUGGGUGAAAGGGGUCCCCGCUGCCGCCGGCGCUGGGCGCCCCGAGAGCCCCUGUCUCAUCUCCUUGAACCCUGCGAUGUGGCUUAAUAGGAAAAUAAUCACCCUGGCUCACGUCCGCCCUGUGCUCUGCAGGCUGGAGUGAGGUGCCAGAGCAGGGACAGCGGGGUGCCGGCCCCCACGGCCCCCUUGCACCGGCCGACUGCAGAUCCAGUGCUCCCACGACCACCACGACCACCCAUCCAUCGCUGAUGCUGGCAGUCCCCGGAGACCGGAGUUAGAGGCUGAGUCCAGGCGCCAAGGCCAGUGCCGCCGGGAACAAAAAGCCGACGGCUUAUUACCGUGCAAUUAAGGCGCACCCAUCCUCUGUGUGCCGGCGGGCGGCUGAGCACUCUCGGUCCCCGCAGGGCGCGGAGCCAUGAAACUGAACGAGCGGAGCCUGGCCUUCUAUGCCACCUGCGACUCCCCGGCUGACAACACCGGCUUCCUCUACAAGCGCGGUGAGCGGCACACGGCGUACCAUCGCCGCUGGUUCGUCCUGAAGGGCAACAUGCUCUUCUACUUCGAGGAGCGGGAGAGCCGGGAGCCGGUGGGCGUCAUCGUGCUGGAGGGCUGCACCGUGGAGCUCUGCGAUUCAGCUGAGGAAUUCGCCUUUGCCAUACGCUUCAGUGGCACCAAGUCCCGCACCUACGUGCUGGCAGCUGAGAGCCAGGCCGCCAUGGAGUCGUGGGUGAAGUCGCUCUCGCGGGCCAGUUUCGACUACAUGCGCCUGGUGGUGCGGGAGCUGGAGAAGCAGCUGGAGGAGAUGCGCUGGGGGCCGGCCAGUGGAUGCGGAGGCUGCCGGCAGUUGCCCGGCUCCUGGAAGCCAAAGCCCUCGGGGCCGGAGCGGUCUCCGGAGCGGCUGCCAGCUCUGCCCGCCAUCUUGCCAAAGGAGAACGGCUGCGCGGUGUGGAACAAUGUGCCAGGAGCGGACCGGCCGCCUGACACCUCCAUCUGCAGUGGGGAUGACAGUGAGGGGAACCCACGGCCACCACCGCUGCCACCACGCAGGCGGGCGUCAAGCAGUGAGGCAGGCAGUGCCGGGGUGGCCGCAGCGGAGAGCCCGUCUACCUUCUGCCAGCUCCAUGAGCGGUAUGGCCAGGAGGUGGCCCGGCUGCGGCAGGACUGGCUGGAGAGGCGGCGUGGCCCCCGGCCCUGAGAGGUGGCCGAGCCCUGGGGACCCGCCAGGACCCAUGGCAGGGAGGAGGUGGUCACCCUUGGUGCCACCUCGGUCGCCUCCUCACUCCGGGAUGUGCAGCCCUGUCCGUGGCGGUGAUGGACACCUGCUGAUGGUGCCACCGAGGGCCCAGCACUGAGGGACACCAGUGCUGCUCCGUGAUGGCGAAAUGCCAGCCUGGCACCGAUGGCAGCUGGGCUCAGCCUGACACCAGCCAGGCAUGAAGCCCCUGGGCUCUCGGGGCUGCCAGGCUCUUGGGUGUCCCGUGCGAGGCAGUGGGUGCUUCCCGCAGGGGGGCAGCCCCCCAGCUGUGCCUGGGUAUGGGGUUGGGGUGGUCCACCCAGUGCAAGCAAGCUACGAACCACUUGCUGGCUGAUGCCUCCUGGGAACUGACCACAGCACUGGGUCUGGUGGGGCCUCUUGAUGCACUUGCAGCGGGAUCGUGCACCGACAAUGCUUUUGGAGGAGGAUUUUGAUGGGAUCUCACCCACCUGAGCCCCUGUGCGGGUGUUUCGCAGCUGGGGAGCUGGCCCUGCCUUCCCCUCUCUGCCCAGCACAAGCGACUGGCUGAGGUCAGCCGAGCUCCGCCGGAUCCCUCUGCUCCAGCAGGAUGUGGUUUGAAAAAGAAAAUAUCAGCGAGCGCAGCUCUUCCUUAAUGACAACAGCACCGUGCGCCCCGGCUCCCCGCAGAGCUGGUGACACCCGGCCCCGGGCGUUUUGCACAGGGUGGCUGCUGCUUGCAGCCCAGCCAGCGAACACGGAGGGUGGCAGACCCAAGGGGAACAACGCGGUGGCUGCAGGCACCACUUUGCCGGGUGGAUAUUUUGGGGCAGGGCAUCAUCCCCAGGCUCGCUCACCAAGGGGAAGCAUCACUUGCGGCAGCAAACAGGAACGUAUGUGUCAGCGGCAGAGGGUGUCGAGUGAUUCAUGUGCCAAACCGGAGCAAAGACGGUGUUUCUCUUUUAUUUCCCCAACGGUUUUUAUUGACACUAAAUCUGCUGGCCGGGAGGUGGGGUGACCCACCCUGGGCCUGGGGGAAGCAGUCAGGGUGCCCCAGGUUUGGACCCCUUGGGACAGGCACAGGA